AUGUCAGGUAUGUUAAAUUUGGAAGACAAAGAGGUCGAAAGAAUAGGAUUGAAAUUCCUAAGAGCAAUGGAAAUAGAGGUAGGUUUUUUGAAUCCUUUCGGUAGCCGUUAUUAUAACAGUGACUCUUUUCAGGAAGCGGCGGCAAAAGAAAUAAUAAAUAAAUUAUUCGACCAAGAUCAAAGAAGAAAGUUAAAAAAUUUAAUCAAGAAAGGAUUAGAGAAAAAAUAUAAGCAAGAGGAUUAUGAGCAUUCUGGUUCUUAUUACGCUGCUACGGCUCACUCAGAAAUAACUCAAUACAUAAUUAGACACAGAGGAACUGCCACCGGCAAAAUUUUUGCGAAAAUUGAUGAUGAGGAUGAAUUAACAGUGCCUUGCGGUUCUGCGGCUUUAAAAUUGUUGGGUCUAAUCGUGAAAAGUAAAGAAAAGUAUUUAGAGUAUGAUUUAAUAGCCAAGCACUUUUCGAAAAGUUAUGAACUUUUUCGCAAAUUUUUAAUAGACCUUAGGACCGAACACGGCCGCCAUUAUACACUGGAAGAGGUGAAAGGUUUCUUUUCAGAAGCUCUAGAAGAAUUAGAGGAAUUUGUGAAAGCGUUAAGGAAGAAGGCGAAAGGGGAAAGUAAAACUAAUAAUCCUCCAAAAAUUAAACCAAGUAAUGGGAACCAGGCUGGAGAAGUAAAUGUUGAAGGUGCAGGAAAUGGAAAUCAGAAUGAAGGGGAAAAUAGCGAAAAUGAAGGCAGACAAGGGGAUUCCUCCGAAAAUACAAAUGAAAACGAAGAGGAAAACUUUUCCGAACCAGAAGAAAUCGAAACAGAUGACAAUGGUCAAGACCAAAAUCUCGAAAAACUUAGAGCAGACACUAUUGCUGAAAUUAGCCAAGCCAUGCAAGAAGCCCAAAUAACGGACCAAGAUUUACCCGAAACCGACCGCCAAGGCGAGAAAACUAAUGACCCAGCAGAAUUAAGGGGAAUAAUAGAGCAAAUAGAAAGAUUUAGGGGAGAAAAAGUUUAUAAUGACUUGAAAGAGAGAGGGGAUGCACUGAAAAAGAAACUGGCUGAGCAGGAUAUUGAGAGUUAUCUCGCAACUCUAAAUAAAAUGACUGAGCAAGAAUUAAAGGAUGAGGAGAUUAAAGAAAAUGAACUAGAUGAAGAAACCCAAAUAAAAUUGAGAAAAUUAAAAAACCGGGGAAUUCAGCAAGCAGAAGCCGAUGAAAUAAAAGAUGAAGUUAGCAACGAUAUUAAACUUAAAGGCGCAAAAAGAAAAUUAGAAAAAUUGCUAGAAGAUUUCCAAAGUAAUCCCUCUGAUGAGAAGAAGAAAGAAAUUAUCGCUUUCAUUAAGAAUAGUAAUUCUUUUUACCAAGAGGCUUAUAAGGCCGAGAAAAGCAAAAUAGAUAAUUUGUUCAAAAAAAGUAACUCUCCGCAGAAAAAAAAUACUUCUGAAAGUAGUUUUCCCACUAGUGUUAAGUACGUAGUCGGUGGAAUGGUGGCGGUAGCAGUAAUUUUUGUUUUGGCAGAAGUCAUUAAAAAAAGAGGUUUACGUUCUCGUCGGGAUUAA